AUGAUCACGCCUCGAGGAUUCAUCAGCAAACCGACUCUAUUUAUUGCUUUGAGAUCGUCCUGCUCUCAUCAUCGUAGCACUUUACCACGACUUGCACCAGUAUCAUCUCUCUUCACCUACCCAACUCGAUACCUGUCUACUGAAUCUGGCUUCUACUCGCUCAAGGCGACGCUGCCUGGUAACAAAACGUAUGACUUUGCGGAGCUGCAAGGAAAGACUAUCCUGAUCGUCAAUACGGCAUCAAAAUGUGGAUUUACCCCCCAAUACACAGGUCUUCAAGGGUUGUAUGACAAGUACAAGGACCGCGACUUUGUCAUCCUUGGUUUCCCAUGCAAUCAGUUUGGUGGGCAGGAGCCUAAAGACGACGAAGCCAUUGGUGAAUUCUGCUCCAGGAACCACGGUGUCACUUUCCCCCUGAUGAAGAAAUCGGAUGUGAAUGGCGACAAUACCAAUGAGGUGUACAAGUGGCUGAAGAAUGAAAAGGCUGGUCUUUUGGGGCUUACCAGGAUCAAGUGGAACUUUGAAAAAUUCCUCGUCAACAAGGAGGGCAAGGUCGUGCAUCGGUGGGCGUCGACGACGACUCCGGAGAGUAUUGAUGCUGAGAUUGCCAAGAUCUUGUAG